CAUUGCUUUUUCGGUUCUUGCAGAGUGACUUUGAUUCUCGGCCUUUUCUUCUUGCGCUGUGCCGUACCUGUUACUUCUGAAAAUGAGUGCAAGAUUGUGUCAUACAACUGGAGUCGCCCGCGGCUUUGCCCUCCAUAGAGCAGUUUCGCAUUCGGUUCCUGGUCCCUCGGAGUCCGUAAAGAUUCCUGUCCCGUCUAGAGAAUUCAUGAAGGUUCCUGCUCCAGUUGCUGGUCUCAACAGCACUGUGUUGAAUACCCGUAAGUUGGGUGGACAGGUACGAGUUUCCGCUGGAAUCUGUGCUCCAUCGCAAGUUCGCUUAGCGCAUACAGAUAUCCAGUGGCUGUCACUCUUGCGUCGAAAAUUUCAGGUUCCAGAUUUUUCUGCCUACCGACGAGAUUCCGUCAAGAGUCCGACUGCCAAGUCAGAGGAAUCUGAAGAUGGGCGAAAGGCCUUCAAUUACCUCCUAACUAGCACACUGGCCGUUUCAGGUGCUUAUGCAGGAAAGGGUAUCGCAACGACAUUCAUUUCGAGUAUGAGUGCCUCUGCUGAUGUUAUGGCGCUGGCUAAAAUUGAAAUAAGCCUUUCAGAUGUCCCCGAAGGGAAAAAUGUGACCUUCAAGUGGCGAGGUAAACCCUUGUUCGUGAGGCAUCGCACACAGCAAGAAAUUGACCGGGAGAGAGCAGUUGAUGUAGCGACGUUACGCGAUCCUCAAGCGGAUGAGGAUCGAGUGAAAGAUCCAGCUUGGCUCGUCUGCCUGGGUGUUUGUACACACUUGGGCUGUGUUCCCAUCGCGAAUGCCGGUGAGUUCGGCGGGUAUUAUUGUCCAUGUCAUGGCUCACAUUACGAUGGCGCUGGACGAAUCCGCAAAGGACCUGCCCCACUGAACCUAGAGGUUCCCGAACACGUUUUCGAAGGUGACAAACUAGUCGUAGAUCUGAAUGAGGAGCCGAGAAAAGCGGGCAGAGAAUUUGGCGCAAUGAUAAAAACCGAACACUUCGGGAAUCAAGGACAAUCAUUGACCGGUGACAUUAUAAGCAAUAAGUCGGAUAUCAAGCCGCUCAUGAGCGUGAGGCCAGUUUUGCCGGCCGUCCGUCCGUUUUUCGCGUACUCCAUUCAUGCACGGCCGGUUGCUCCGCCAUUACUCGCUUUUCCUCGAAAUAGCCUAUGCCUUCCUCCUGAACCACGCCGUUCGCCUUUUGGAUUCCAACCUCUGAUGAGCCAAAAUCUCGUUCACGGAUCCAUGGGAUUUCCUUGUCCAACAAAUUCAUUCGUGACUGAUGUCAAGUAUCGUCGACAGAAAAACAAAUCCAUGGGUGACAAGGCGAAUCGUUUGAAGUCGCACCAAACUCGAUCUUCCACUAAGUCGUGUCCUGACUCUGAAAAACCGUGGGUGAAUGCAGCAAUAAUAGUAGAAAUCAUGUUGAAACAUAAACUUCAGCAAACUGCGAGACGAAAUCGAGGCGUGAAGGAUUGGAAUGCGUAUCGUGAGCAACGUAACAAGGUUACAGCAAUGCUGAGGGCAGCGAAACUUGAAUACAUGUCGGAAACGAAGAACAAUCGGGAAGAUAAUCAGCCAAAGAAGGUCGAAAAGGAUGAUGCUGAGAUUUCGUCUGGACCUUUGGACUCUGAAUGUAAUAUGACUAGUGGUGCUGUUGCUUUCAAAGCUGUGGAUAUUUGCAUUGGUGAUUGCGUUCCUGGCGAGACCAUGGAGUGA